AUGCCUAAAGGCUCAUCAUUUUUUUUAAAAACCUUUGUGUGUGCAACACCUGUAGGUAUAUUAUUAUUUAACGAAAUUAAGAGAAUUACUAACGUGCGAGAAAAUGAAAGCUUUAAUAAAAAUUUGUUUUUAAAAAAUUUUGAUAGGAAUAUUUUAAUAAAAAAUAAAAGAACAACUGUAUUAGAAGAAGAGAAGAUGUAUGAAAACAAAAAAAGAGUGUCCUUUUUUCGUAAUUCAUCAAAUAUAAAUAAAGAGAGUGAUAAAGAGGAAGCUCUGAAUUAUUUUUAUGGAAAGGCAUGGGGAUAUACAACUGAUUAUGAAAUUGAUAUAAGUUUGAAUACAGGUGAUUUGAUUUUUAUAAAACAUGAUUUAGAUAAUUUAAAUAUUUUUAAGAAAAUGCUGUUAAAAGUAAAUAGAUAUUUCCAAGGUAAUAAUGAUUAUGAUGAAAUAGGAAUGAUAUUAAAAAAACAUAAUAUAAGUUAUAUAUAUAUUCAGAACUUGUUAAAUAAAAAAGAAAAUGUAAUACGAUAUUCUUAUUUCUUACAGAAAUAUAAACCAUCUGUUGUUUCUUUGAGAAGGUUUUUAUGUGAUGAUGAAAAUAUAAAAAUAGAAUUACAAAAAAAUAUUAUGCAUAGUAUUAUGAAUGAUGAUGGAAUUAAUAAACGAUAUUCAAUUUUUUUAAAUUUGUUAUAUAAUAUAUUUAAAAAAAAAGUGUCUAUUAAUACAAAUGAAAAUACAAGUAAAAAUUUGUAUAAUGAUGAAUAUAUAUGUAAAAAAAUUAAUUCUAAUAUCGAAAUUAAUAAUUUAAUUAAUAUGUUAUUAUUUAGAUCUUUUAAUUUAUUUUAUUAUUUUAUAAAUUAUAUGGAAAAUAUACAAAAUGUACAAAAUGUACAGUGGAUUAAAAAAAAAAAUUAUAUCAUUCUAAAUAAUAUUUAUUUAAAUUCUAAUAUGCAACCAAAUCAAAAUUUCAAUAUAAAUGAUAAAAAAAAUUUACAGUCCUAUGAAUUCCCUAGAAAUUCUUUAACACAUUUUAAUUUUAUUAAAAAAGAUUAUGAACUUAUGAAAAAAAAUAAAAUAAUUUAUGAAAAACCAAAAAAAGAAAUAUUAAAAGAAAUUGAAAAGUUUUUUUUAUUUCUAAUAGAAAAUGAAUACACACUUAUGGAUUCUACUCAAUAUAUGAAUCAAGUUUUAAAAAAUAAAAGAAAUAUAGAAGUUACAAAUAAUACAAAUCAUAAUAAUACAAAUAAAUUUAUUAAAAAUUUAUACUUUUAUAUAAACAAAUUCUAUUCAAAAUUAAAAAGUUUUUCUUUGAUUAAUUAUCAUGUUUAUGAAAUAUACAGAAAGACUCAUUUAUUACCAUUUAUUAAAAACGACUAUAAUUCUAUAUCAUUAUUUUUAUCAUUAAACAAUUUUUAUAAACCAAUAAAUAGUAAUAACAUUCUUCAAGACACAUUUAAUGUUCCUAAAUUAUCUAACAUAUUUCAUGUAAGACAGGAAGAAGCAGAAAAACUUCAAAAAUAUUUCUAUCAGUUUAAUAAAGUACCCAAAUCUGAAAUAUAA